AUGAGCGCGAACACGGAGACGCUGGAGACGCUCAGACACCUCGUGCGCGCGGUGCGAGAGGACAGCGCGAUCUUGGACGCGCCGAGCAUGAAGUUUUUCAAGGAUUUUCUCGUCGAUGAUUUGCGAGCGACGAUUCCAGCGCCGAAGCCGAGGAUGGUGGACCCGGCGGCGGAUGACGCGGUGGAUGAUGCGGAGAGAAUGGUGGCCGAGAGCGAUGCGCCGCUCGAGAUGGGCCCGGACGCGAUGCCGGAGGAGUUGAGCGAGGAAUCUGAAAACGCGGCGCUCGAGGCGAAGCGAAAGGCGGCGGACGCGGCGUCGAGUGGGAAAUACGACGUCGCGAUCGAACAGUACACGAUCGCGUUGAAGAUUUUACCCUCGCCGCUGACGUACGCGAAGCGGGCGGAGUGCUCGUUGAGGGCGAAGAAGCCGCUGGCCGCGAUUCGAGACUGCGACGCGGCGUUGAAGGCGAAUCCGGACAGCGCGAAGGCGUUGAAGAUUCGAGGCGCGGCGUAUCGGUACCUCGGGAAGUGGAACGACGCGAACCGAGAUCUCUCCGCGGGUUUGAACGCCGAUUUCGACGAGCAUUACUCGGAAAUUCAUAAAAAAGUUCUCUCCGUCGUGCACGAGGCGCACGUGCGCGAGGGGAAGAGGCGGGCGGCGAAGGAGGCGGAGCAAAAAGCUGAGCUUGAGCGAAGACGUGCCGCGGCGGCGGAGGCCGCGAGAAAGGCGAGCGAAGCGGCGAGCGGUGCGGGCUCGGCAGAUGCGGGAGCCACGGGUUCGGCGGGCGGAGCCGGGUUUGACCCGGGCGACAUGCCGUUGCCGCCGGGCAUGACGCCGGAGAUGGCGGCAAAGCUCGCACCUUUGAUGAACGACCCGGAGAUCAAGACGGCGAUGCAAAACCCGAAGGUCAUGCAAGCGCUUCAGUCUAUGAUGUCCAACCCAAUGUCGGCGAUGCAAUACAUGGCGGAUCCAGACGUUGGUCCGGUGCUCCAAAAGCUCAUGGCCGCCGUCGCGGGCGGCGGCGGCAUGGGUGGCAUGCCGGGUAUGGGUGGCAUGGGCGGUAUGCCGGGUGGAUUUCCGGGUGGUUUCCCGGGCGCCGGCGGAUUCCCAGGCGCCGGUGCCGGCGGCAGCUCGGCCAACGACGUCGACUAG